AUGGCGCCUCAGCACCUUCAGAGGCACCAGAACCAGGUUCUCGCCCAAAUCAGCACUCACCUUGGCAUAGAACAACUGCAAUGUCCCGUCGUCACUUGCAUCCGCAACCAACUUUUUGUCAUAAGAUCGCUUAACUUGGUCAGCAAUGCCGGUUUGGCUUCUGCGAGGGGUACGAAUGCUGGUGGUGCAGAUGGUUCUCCGACAAUCACAUCCAACUAUCGGCCUCUGUCGAAUCUUUCCCUCGGAAACGGUUUUGGUGAUGCGCUGAAAUGGGCUGUUGUGUUUGGGUUGGUGCAAGCUGUUUGGCCUGCGUUUGCUGCUCUUUACCCUUCUGCGGAGCGCAAUAAUCGGGUUAAGGCGAUGGCGUUGACUAACGGCAUGCGUGCUGUUCCUCUCUGGUUGGGUCAUCUUCUUGCUGAACUUCCCGUCAUUCUCAUCAGCACUAUCCCUGUCGCCGUUGUCUACGCGUUCGCUUCGGACCAGUUCGCAGGCGAAGGAGUCUUCUGGGUCGUCCUUUUCCUCCACGGCGUAUCCUCCACCUUGCAGAGCUUCGUCGUCUCGCUCUUCGCUCCGAACCAAUUGGCAGCAUUCGCCAUCGUUGCGGCAUGGAACGUUCUCGCAUUCCUCAUCUAUUUCGCCACUACCAUGCUUACCGUCACCUACUACGUCGGAAACGGCCUCGCCGGCGCACUCGAUGCAGCUUACUACGUCGAAGCGAUCCUAGCUCCCAGCGUUAGCAUGACCCGUGCAGGUUUCGUCUCUGUAAACCUCUUCAAUCUGCUCUGCAACGGUAGAGGUGGGUACAGGAGUGGUGGUAUCGCCGCUAUCGAUCUUUUGGGUGGCCCGAUUGUGUAUGCUAUUGUUUGGGCGCUUGUUUGUUUUGGGUUCCUUGUUGCGAAUGAUUCUGGCUACCCUCUCCUACCUUCUUGGCUUGGUUUUCGCCGAAGAAAAUCCUACAAGAAGCGCAGGGCUGAGGUGGACGAAGAAGAAAAAGUGCAACCAGUCGGACAAGGCGUAAGCGAAGAAUCCCUCCGUCUGGACUCGGAUUCCUGUGACGACGUGCUUCAAGCCAAACAUCUCGACAAAUCCUACGGCAAACUUCUCGCCGUUGACGAUGUCUCUCUCGGUGUUCGUCGCGAAGAGACCGUCGCUUUACUGGGUAUCAAUGGAGGAGGAAAAACCACUACCCAUGCCUACAAUUCCCCGCAGCACUCUGUACAUCAUAAUAUCCAAUCCCUCCCUUCUUCUUCCACGCUAUUUCAUUAG